GCUGGGGUUCCAUCCAGCUUGGGCCCAGCGACUGCUCCAACAGCUUUCCCUGGCUCUUCCCCUAGAGACAUGGGGUCUGCCCAAGAUGGAUGCCAAUCUCUCACUUCCAGCCUCUUUGCCUCUUUCCACUUCAGCACCCUGAUGGGUCUCAGCUGCCUCUUCUUUACUUUCCCGUGCAGCUGGCUGGCCCUCCAUGUGUCCUGGGCCUUCCCUGCCAUCUGCGGCCUCCUCUUCAUCCCAACCAUUGUCUACUUCCUCCUCACCAGUUUCACAGACACUGGAAUCCUCCACAAAGGCAUUGAAGAAGAACUGGUGAACCAGGCCUUCACCAUGAAAGACCUCAACCAGCACUGGUGCAACAAAUGUCAGCUCUACUGCCUGCAGCACACCUUCCACUGUUCCUGGUGCAACACCUGUGUGGAGGAAUUCGACCACCACUGCAUGUGGGUCAACAACUGCAUUGGCUGCCACAACCUCCGCUUCUUCAUCUUCUUUGUGGUCUUCCUGAGCGGCUACGACCUUGCGGUGUUGGCUUCCUGCCUGGUCUACCUGGCGUUCAACUCCCAGCAGGCUUUCAGCGUGGAGAAGAUCUGCACAGUGCUGGUGACCAUCCCCACCGCAUUCUACUUGGUGCCUCUUCUCCUCCUAGUUUGCACCCAGAUCAGCUACAUCUUAGCUGCUCACCACAGCUGCAAAUUCCAGGCUCUGUCCUUCAAGCAACCUUUGGCCUUGAACUGGCAGGACUCGGGGUGGUGCAAGAGGCACAGAACCAAGUACAGAGUGAGGUCCUCCGGGGCAAUGGCCCUGGGGACCGCCGAGGCCGCUGAGCUCUGCCACGUCCCGUGGGUCUCCAGGACUGGUUCGGCCGUCCCCGGCUCCUGCCCUCACAGCUGCUCCCAAGAGCUGUCCCGCCAGCAGAAGGUGCUCAAGGCUUGGCGCCACUUCCUGUCCGCCGUGGGGAGCCUUCUGCACCGAGAGGGUCCCAGGCUGGGAGGAGCAUCGGCGGAAAAGGCAGAGAAGCAGGUGAGCAGGGGGUGGAAAGAUAUGCCUGUGGGAUUGCCUUUUGCCUGGUGCAUGGGCCCGUCCGCACCACAGUUUGAUGUGGAAUAGGUACCCGUUGCGUGUCCU